AUGUCUUUCGGCAAGCUGUACACGUACCCGAAGGCGCCACGCUCGACCAUGGUGCUCUUCGUUGCCAAGUACAACAAACUGGACGUUGAAAUCUGCAAUGCAUUUCCUAUCAAGGUGUAUCCGGAGAAGGGGGGUGUCGGCGACGUAUAUCUGUCCAAGUUUCACACUGGCAAGGUUCCGGCGCUCGAAACAUCCGAUGGCUUCGAAGUCUAUGAGAGCAACGCUGUUGCUUGGUUUCUCGCGAAGCAAGAUCCCAACACAAAGCUGUGUGGAUCUAACCUGAGGGAAGAGACAACAGUCAUCCGAUGGGCUUCUUUCACCAAUUAUGAGCUUCUUCCGCCAAUCAUGGCAUGGAUCCAGCCCAUCAUUGGCCGAGCACCAACAAGCCCAGAGAUUCUCAAGGAACGGGAGGAAGGUUGCGAGUUGACUAUCCGUGCUAUUGAGAAGGAGAUCAAGGGCAAGAAGUAUCUUGUUGGAAAUACGUUAACCUUGGCCGACCUUUUCGUGAUUUCCGGCCUUGCCCGAGGCUACCAAUAUGUCUUCACCAAGAGCUGGGCGGAGAAACACCCGGUUGUACAUGAAUACUACAUGAGCAUCAGGAACGAUAAAGAUGGGAUCUUUGACAGCAUUCUGGGCCCUAACAUCAUCAGAGAUGAAGCUGGCGGUACUUAUCCUGACUAUGAUGGGUUGUAA